GUUACUUGUAAAAAGUAACACUGAAGAACAUCCAGUUAUGAUUGGACCUACCAUUAUACAUUCUCACAAAACCUUUGAUUCAUAUUACACACUUCCGAGUAAUAUCGUCAGAUUUAAGCCUAAUGCUGUCAAUUUGAAAUCGUUUGGAACCGAUGAAGAAACAAAAAUCCAUCGAGCAUUUACAACAACCUUCCAUACAUGUCAAAGACAAUAUAGUCAAACAAGCAAAAAAACUUGGUAUGGAAAAAAACGAAAUUUUGUGGGAUAUAUUUGGCAAGAUCAGUGGUGAAACAAAAAUAAAGGGUUUAGUGGACUGUGAAACAGAAGAGGAGUUUGAAGAAAUGUAUGAAAAGAUAUCAGAAAAAUGGAAAGUUAAACCAAAUGGGCCAAAAUUCAUAGAAUAUUUUGAAAAUUUCAAAAAACAUUCAAUGAAAGAAAAAAUGCUGUCGAGUGUUAGAAUCAAGUGUGGCCUUGGUAAUCCACCAGAACCAUAUUCACAAAAUGCGAAUGAGUCAAUCAACUCAAUGAUAAAACGGAGCAAAGAAAGUGGAAAACUAACGUUGAAACAAACAGUGAAAUUGAUGCAAGAUGAGGUAAAGAAGCAAGAAGAGAAAGUCAAACUUGCUUUAAUUGGGAAAGGGGAUUGGAAACUGGCAAAGGGAUACCAGCAGUUCUUUAUAAUUGAGAGCAAAUUUUACAACAUGAUCCCGACCCAAAGGAAAGCUGAAAUCGAUAAGUUCAAUACAUUCUUGCCCGAAGCUGAAAAACAAGAUACACCAAGAAAAUCUGAUAUAAUUCAGAAAAAGAAAAUUACUUCUUCUCAAACUCAAAAUUCAGAUGGAAAAGACGUCGAGAUUGUGAAAACGUUAAAUUGGAUUCUAGAGUCUAUAGUUGAAGAAAAAAUGAAAGAUGCCAGAUUGUUAGCUGGUAACAAUGAAGAUGUCAUCAAAGGAUUUGGCGAUACAUAUUAUGUUAAAAAUGCUAAAAACGAAAAACAACCAUUCACAGUUGGAAUAAACAAGAAAAAAAACAUUUUAACUUGUUGUGAAAUUUGCUAUCGGUUUAAAGGUUUUGGAAUAUGUGCGCAUACUGUCUGCAUAGUAUUUAAGUUGAAUGUGGUCGAACCUUUUUUAAAGCAAUGCGAAAAAAAGACAACUAAUGUCAGAAGCCUAGUAGACUUUUCCAAAGAGAAAAACGCUGGCAAAAAGAAAACGAAGGCAACUCAGAGAAGAAAAGGGCCAGCUAACGUUAAAAAGGUUCCAAUCACAAAUUUAAUCAAUCCACAAGCUUCUGCACAAACGAGAACACCAUCAACGCAACCUAUUCCACCUUCAGCAACAGUUAAUAAACCAGCACCACCUGUACCAACAGAUAAUGGUUAUGUCUUGUUCCUACUCAACUACACCCACAAAAAUGUAUCAACUUGCUAUGGUUGUGGAGGAAAAUUUCAGUCAAAUAUUCCAUCAGACAAUAUAGAAAAUUUAAUCGUGGUUUCGAAAACUAAAAGGAGUUAUUUCGACCCUACAACGAAAAAACAAACAUUCUCUAAUGAAUUUAAAAACGUCUAUUAUCACUUUAAUUAUUCAUGUUUGAUCAGACAAAAUAAUUUUUUUGAUGCUAGUUUCAUUGUAGUUCCUGGUGAUAAAAAACCAUUGUUGAGCCAGCAACAUAUUCGCAUAUUACGUGCAACAAAUAUUUCCGUAUAA